AUGAUUCCAAUACCUUCUUUAUCCAAGGUGUUCUCUCUUGUUUUGCAGGAGGAAAAACAACGCACAAUUGAUGGCAAUACAUCUUACGCAUCAGUUGUCACUCCUUCAAUGAGUGAGCAAUUAUACUCUGCGAAUGCCACUCAGUCUUAUAACAGGAGCAGGAUAUGCUCUCAUUGUGGUAAAACCAACCAUACGGUGGAUAAAUGUUUUGUUCUACAUGGAUUUCCACCGAGUUUUGGCAAGGGAAAAGGAAAGUUUAAUGCUAAGGAUGGCAAUUUCUCCAAAUCUGUCAACUAUGUGGAGAACAACUUCGAUGAAUGUGAUAAAAGUACUGUCUCCACCGGUGUUGCAGUGCCAUCUCCUGAGCAAUGCCAGCAACUCAUUCAUCUCUUGCAAACUCAACUUGCUACUGUCGCUGCCACUCCCUCUCCAUUAUCUUCAGCUUCACCAAAUAAUCCUCCAUCCACAAACUGUGCCUCAUUCACAGAUACUGGUGCAACUCACCAUGGAGCUUCUCAGGCAACUGUGAUUGGGAGGGGUAGCCGAAUAGGAAACCUAUACACUCUAGAGACUUCUGAUCAUGAAAAGCAUCAAGGUUCUUCUGUUUCUUCAUCUGUUGUUCCUUCAUCUGUUCCUUCAAUAUCUUCAGCUUCUACUUCUCCUGUAAUGCCUUGUGCAAAUGUUGUCACUGGAAUUGAUAAACACGUAUCUUUUGAAAGAUCAGAUAGCAUAGCUGCUGAUUGCUUUGAUCUUGUGCACUGUGAUACUUGGGGACCUUUCAACACUUCCACCAAUCAAGGUUUCAAGUAUUUCCUUACCUUAGUUGAUGAUUGCUCUAGAUUUGUUUGGACUUUUUUGAUGCAGAACAAAUCUGAUGCUAAGGCAAUAUUACCUCAAUUCUUCAAUACAGUUCUUACUCAAUUUGGGAAGAAAAUUAAAGCCAUUCGGAUCCCUUCUUCUGUUUUACCAAACAAUUCAACUCCCUUUGAGAUCCUAUUCCAGAAAACACCAUCUUACUCGCACUUAAGGGUGAUAGGGUGUUUGUGCUAUGCCUCAACUCUUCAGAGAGGCAGAGAUGAGUUCUCCCCUAGAGCAACAAAGUGCAUAUUGCUCGGUUAUCCUUCUGACUUCAAGGGAUAUAAGCUUUUGAACUUGAUGAAUAUGGAAGAGUUCAUUACAAGAGAUGUAGUUUUUCAUGAGGAUGUUUUUCCUCUAUCUCACUUGGCUCCAUCUCAUUUUCCCGAAUUCUCAGAAGCUUCAGAAGCAGCUCCAGAAAUAAUUCCACAAAUUCCCCAUCUAUCUGAUAAUAUUCCAUCAGCUAAUAAUAACCCAUCAUCAUCCUUUCCUGUUCCAGAGAAUAACACUUCUAGUUCUACAACUUCUAGAACUGGAAGAUCAAUAAAACCUCCAUCACACUUGACUGAUUUCAUCUGUAAUUCUGUCAGCUCCACUUCUCCAUAUCUAAUUUCUGCUUACUUCACUCUAUCUAAGCUUUCUCCUGAGUAUCUCAAAUACAUUAUCAUCAUGUCUUCCAUCUAUGAGCCCACAAUACCCUGA